GGCUGACAUCACUUAGGAAAGCGAGGGGGUAGGGCUGCCAGAUCAGUUUGUCACCACCCAGGCUCCCUAGCCUUUGGCUGGGUGCAACUUCCAUUUUAGGUGUUGGAUCUGAGAGAAAAAAAAGGGAGAGAGAGAGAGAGAGAAAGAAGACCAGGAAAGAUCCUGAAAGGAGGAAGAGGUGGCGAAAAAUCAACUACCUUGCUGGAUUUGCCUUUCUCAACACAUUGACGAAGCCUUGGGUUUCUUUCGUAAAGGACUGGUUUAUAGAAGUCCACAUUUGAGCUCUCUCCUUCCUGCUUCCUCCUUGCUGUGGUGGCUGGGAUGCUUCUUCCAUGAUUUUUCGAAUCUAGACUGGGCUGGUUCUCUGUGUUAAAACAAUCAAAUUACGACCUUCUCUUAACAGUGUGAAGUGAGGGGGGGCCUUCUCCCUCCUUCCUCCUCCCUCUGUGAUCCACCUUACUUUUUACCCUGCCCUGCGGCGGCUCUGCCCCUUACCUUCAUGGACGACUCAGAGGUGGAGUCGACCGCCAGCAUCUUGGCCUCUGUGAAGGAACAAGAGGCCCAGUUUGAGAAGCUGACCCGGGCGCUGGAGGAGGAACGGCGCCACGUCUCGGCGCAACUGGAACGCGUCCGGGUCUCACCACAAGAUGCCAACCCACUCAUGGCCAACGGCACCCUCACGCGCCGGCAUCAGAACGGCCGGUUUGUGGGCGAUGCUGACGUUGAGCGACAGAAAUUUUCAGAUCUGAAACUCAACGGACCCCAGGAUCACAGUCACCUUCUCUAUAGCACCAUCCCCAGGAUGCAGGAGCCAGGGCAGAUUGUGGAGACGUACACGGAGGAAGACCCUGAGGGAGCCAUGUCUGUUGUCUCUGUGGAGACCUCAGAUGAUGGAACCACUCGCCGCACAGAGACCACAGUCAAAAAAGUAGUGAAGACUGUGACAACACGGACAGUACAGCCAGUCCCUAUGGGACCAGAUGGGCUGCCUGUGGAUGCCUCAUCUGUUUCUAACAACUAUAUCCAGACUCUGGGUCGUGACUUCCGUAAGAAUGGCAAUGGGGGACCUGGUCCCUACGUGGGGCAAGCAGGCACUGCUACCCUUCCCAGGAACUUCCACUACCCUCCUGAUGGAUAUAGCCGCCACUAUGAAGAUGGUUAUCCAAGUAGCAGUGACAACUAUGGCAGUCUAUCCCGGGUGACUCGCAUUGAGGAACGGUAUAGGCCCAGCAUGGAAGGUUACCGGGCACCUAGUAGACAGGAUGUCUAUGGGCCCCAGCCCCAGGUUCGGGUAGGUGGGAGCAGCGUGGAUUUGCAUCGCUUUCAUCCAGAGCCUUAUGGUCUAGAGGAUGACCAGCGUAGCAUGGGCUACGAUGACCUGGAUUACGGCAUGAUGUCCGAUUAUGGCACAGCCCGUCGGACUGGGACACCCUCUGACCCUCGCCGACGCCUCAGGAGCUAUGAAGACAUGAUUGGUGAGGAGGUACCAUCAGACCAGUACUAUUGGGCUCCUUUGGCCCAGCAUGAACGGGGAAGUUUAGCAAGCUUGGAUAGCCUCCGCAAGGGAGGGCCCCCACCCCCCAAUUGGAGACAGCCAGAGCUGCCGGAGGUGAUAGCUAUGCUAGGAUUCCGCUUGGAUGCCGUCAAGUCCAAUGCCGCUGCAUACCUGCAACAUUUGUGCUAUCGCAAUGACAAGGUGAAGACUGACGUCCGGAAGCUUAAGGGCAUCCCAGUACUGGUGGGAUUGUUAGACCACCCCAAAAAGGAAGUGCACCUUGGAGCCUGUGGGGCUCUCAAGAAUAUCUCUUUUGGUCGGGACCAGGAUAACAAGAUUGCCAUAAAAAACUGUGAUGGUGUUCCUGCCCUCGUGCGAUUGCUCCGAAAGGCUCGUGAUGUGGACCUCACUGAAGUCAUUACUGGAACCCUAUGGAAUCUUUCAUCCCAUGACUCAAUCAAGAUGGAGAUUGUGGAUCAUGCUCUGCAUGCCUUGACAGAUGAAGUGAUCAUUCCGCAUUCUGGCUGGGAGCGGGAACCUAAUGAAGAUUGUAAGCCACGCCAUAUUGAGUGGGAGUCUGUGCUCACCAACACAGCUGGCUGCCUUAGGAAUGUCAGCUCAGAGAGGAGUGAAGCUCGCCGGAAACUUCGGGAAUGUGAUGGUUUAGUGGAUGCCCUCAUUUUCAUUGUUCAGGCUGAGAUUGGGCAGAAGGAUUCAGACAGCAAGCUUGUGGAGAACUGUGUUUGCCUUCUUCGGAACUUGUCGUAUCAAGUUCAUCGAGAGAUCCCGCAGGCAGAGCGUUACCAAGAGGCACCUCCCAGUGUUUCCAACAAUACUGGGCCACAUGCUGCCAGUUGCUUUGGGGCCAAGAAAGGCAAAGGGAAAAAACCCACAGAAGAUCCAGCAAACGACACAGUGGAUUUCCCUAAAAGAACUAGUCCCGCUCGAGGCUAUGAGCUUUUAUUUCAGCCAGAGGUGGUUCGGAUAUACAUCUCCCUCCUCAAGGAGAGCAAGACUCCUGCCAUCCUAGAAGCCUCAGCUGGGGCUAUCCAGAACUUGUGUGCUGGGCGCUGGACGUAUGGUCGAUACAUCCGCUCUGCUCUGCGUCAAGAGAAGGCUCUUUCUGCCAUCGCUGACCUCCUGACCAAUGAACAUGAGCGGGUAGUAAAAGCCGCGUCUGGAGCUCUGAGAAAUCUGGCCGUGGAUGCUCGAAAUAAAGAAUUAAUUGGUAAACAUGCUAUUCCUAACUUGGUAAAGAAUCUGCCAGGCGGGCAACAGAGCUCUUCCCAGAAUUUCUCUGAGGACACUGUGGUCUCUAUUUUGAACACCAUCAACGAAGUUAUUGCUGAGAACUUGGAGGCUGCCAAAAAGCUUCGAGAGACACAGGGUAUUGAGAAGCUGGUGUUGAUCAACAAAUCAGGGAACCGCUCAGAAAAAGAAGUUCGAGCAGCAGCACUUGUAUUACAGACAAUCUGGGGAUAUAAGGAACUGCGGAAGCCACUGGAAAAAGAAGGAUGGAAGAAAUCAGACUUUCAGGUGAAUCUAAAUAAUGCUUCUCGAAGCCAGAGCAGUCAUUCAUAUGAUGAUAGCACUCUUCCUCUCAUUGACCGGAACCAGAAAUCAGAUAAGAAACCUGAUCGGGAAGAAAUUCAGAUGAGCAGUAUGGGAUCAAACUCAAGAUCCUUAGAUAACAAUUAUUCUGCAAUGAAUGAGAGAGGGGACCACAAUAGAACACUGGAUCGAUCCGGGGAUCUAGGUGAAAUGGAGCCAUUGAAGGGAACACCCCUGAUGCAGAAGAUUUAGCACCACGAUCUCCGCUACAUCUGCACAUAUAAUAUAUGUACUUUUAUUUUUUGGUGGUGAAAUGGACUGAUGAUUUUCCCCUUUCUUCGCUGGACUAUUGUGCCAACUGCCAGGCUGCCUCCUGCCCUUAUAGCCCUAAGUGGCUGCCUUCUUUCCAUUGACUCCUAACUUCUUCCAAUGAAGUUUAAUUGUUCCUGCUCCCCACUCCAGAUUCUCUCCAAUUGCUCCCAAGAACCCUGACUCAGUUAUAUGCAUAUCUUGAGAAACUGCUGCAGAUUAGCUCUUUCGCCAGCUCUCCCUGGAACUCUUGGCCUGUGUGGAGGGAGGGAGAGAGAAUGGGAGUCUUCACAGUGGGAGUCUUCACUGGAAGCCAUGGGAAGAAUUGGAAACCACAUGCUACAUAUACAUUAUACAGCAAUCUGAUAAACUGAUGAUUCUUAAUCAAGAUUUUUUUUCCUGGUGGGGAAGGGACUUUUUGUUUUUUGUUUUUUUUUUGAGACCGGGAAGUGUGAACUCUUCCCUUACUCCUAAUGACUAUUUUUGAAGCAAAGAAGGCCGGCAACAUUGGCACAUACCAUCUGGCAAGGGCCCUUGAGUAAGUGAAGAUCUCCUAGAACUGAGAUUAAGAAACCUGGCUUUCCUUAUCUCCAGGGCAGGGACCAUCAAGGACUUACAGACUCCAUCUCUUCUGCAAGCCUCGUGCCAAUGCUGGGGUGCUGCUGCCACUCCCCCUUACUGAGGCCGUCCUAACCCUCCCCUCCCAUCCUGUGAUAAUGUCUGCUAACUUGGCUUUGCCAUUUUCAGGAGGCUGUAGAAAGAGGAGAAUGUGUCCAGGAAGACUUUUUGGGUGAGAAGGAGCAGAAAGAUGUCUUCUGGGGAGGAGAAAGAAGCUCUAGGAGGAGCUAGUAGGCAUGUACAUGAAUCAGUCUGAAACUGGCAGGAAGCUUCAAAGCUGGACUCCCCCUGCCCUUUCUCCUUUCCCACCCUACAGCCCUGUCCUUCCUGCCUGCUCCCUGGAUUGGUUGGCUGACUAAAGGACUUGAUGUACAUACUUCUGCCCCCUUUACCCUAAAAGGUGGGGGUCGCCCCUGGCUUUGCCUCUUCUUUGUGCCUUUGGCCUGGGGUGCAUCUCUUCCUUCCCUUCCAUGUGCCUUUCUUUGCCUCUGCAGUCUCAUUUCUCAUGAUUUUGCAAAUUAUAUUUUGUUGAUUUUUUACCCACUAUUGGCCCUAAAUAGCAGAAAGAAGAGGAGAGGUGACCUAGAGACCCUCAGAUUCUCCAGUGGGAAUUGGUGUAGCCUCUAAUUUCAGCCAUAGCAAGCUUUUGCUCAACAGUGUAUAGUUGGGAUUUUGCAAAAAUUCUGUUCUGAUGUCUCAAAAUGAGGUUGGUGGGAGGAGUGAGUGGUAUGCCUCUUACUCCUUAGGUGCCCAGAGUGUACCGUCAUCUCUGAAGGGGUUGCAGGGAAGCCAUGCCUGCCCCCAUACCCAGGUACCUCCUCCUCUCACUUAAUGUGUAUUAGCUGGUUGGGCUUGAGGGAUCAGCUGCUAUGCUGUUGUUUUUAAACCCUUCCCCAUACUUCCCUCUGACUCCCCUUAAUCUAAAGCUCUGUUCAGUGCGAACUGGAAAUCUUCACCUUUCUCUCCCCUCCCCUGUACCUGGAGGCCAUGGGGUGAGAGAAAAGUGCAGGGCCCACUGGCCUUUCCCCUCCCCCCAUGCAUUGAAAUCCCUUACUUACCCUUUCCGCCUUUCCAUUUCUUCCUGCUCCUUUUCUGGCAAAAAGGAGCCUUUUCCUCUCCGACCCUAAGAGCAUAACGCACAGGGGAAACUUCCGCCGUCCAGACCUGGCCCACUCUGGGUUUCUCUUGUCCUCUGCUCUUUUGCUGGUGCUCUUUUUCUUGGUGGGGUGUGGGUACUAGAACAGCCAUGGGCUUUUGGGGACCUUUAACUGCCUUUUUUUUCUCGUUAAUAGAAACACUAAACAUUCAAUUCCAGAGAACCAAAAAUCGCACCUUCCCACCGAACACUACUAAGGGGCAUGUCUUCUGCUCCAUACCUUUUCUGUUUUUCUCUCUCUUGUUAAGCUUUUAAAAACAAAUGAGUUUUUUAUAUAAAUAAAGUUUUUAAAGUGUGUAUGUGGGGGUCCUGUGUCAUUUCUUCAAACUAUAUCUCUUCCUUCCUUUCCAUCUUGGUUGCUAUUUUAUGUAUUGGUGUUAUUUUUCUCUCCAGAGCACCAAGAGGGAGUUGUACCAGGAUAGGUUUAUUUUGAGCUCAAUCUCAACUUUAUCAAGCAACAUUCUUUUUAACUGUAUAUGAAACAUUUUUCCUCUGAAGAUUCUUAAAAAUUAAAUGUGACUAAGUCAAGCCCAAGAAGCUUAUUGCUAACUUAGAGAUAGGAACGUGAAUAUAAAGAAUUAAUGACUUCCUUACUCACUGGGAUUCUUUUGCAACAUUGGCAAAAUGAACAUUGGCAAAACAAACGUUGAAUAAAGCCCAUUGCAAUACAAGGCCCUCUCGAAUGUAGCAUUAUGGGUAGAAGAUGGGAGCUACCACUCCAGUGCCCUCCUAAUGAUGAAAAUGUAGAAUUAAAAAGCUCAUGUGUAGAAAUAUUAAAAAUGGCCAUACUGUUGCUUCUCCAGCUAUCUGCAACCCUUUAGUAGGAAGAUAAGGGACAGGCCUGUGUGGCUUCCUUUGUGUUCUACCAAAUAUGUGGGUGGGUAGCAAAUACUUGUUGGAUUACCAGGGGUUGUCUUUACUGUAGAGAUCAAGGAUUAAGACCUAUGGAGAGAGACUUAUUUUUCUGGUGCCCAUAUUUUCUGUUCUAUAAUAAAGAGCCUCGAGAAUUUAUCUAAAAUGUUUCUAUAUGCCCAGUCUUUAGAUUAAAUAUAUAUAUAGCUGCUGCUG